UAUCUAUAUUAUAAAGGCUGUUGUUUUUUUACCCUUGAAAUGACCAUUCCACCCAUGUGUAUUUGUUGUAUUUCCAGAAACACUUAUGUACAAUACCCGUAUGUAUACGUUGGUGUCAUCCACACCUUCCUUUCCCUUACCAAAGCUCCACGUGUUGCCCAUCCCUCUCUCUACGAUUCUCUCCUCCAAAAUCAUCUUACUACAUUCAAAAUUUUCAAAUUUAACUCCUUCCGCAAGUAAAGCUUCUAAUCCCAUUUUGUUUUUCGCCGCUUUUCAUUGUAAUCCAAUUGUCUCCAUUCAUUGUAUCACUUCUUCGUUUAUAUAGUUUUUCAGUUGUAAUACAUGGAUUCUUUAGAAAGAAGCCCUCUCAAGUCGCCGGCAUAGGAGUUGGUUUCUGGGAAAUCAUCCAAUACAUGUCAAACUUUCAAAAUUAAUUGUAAUUGUGGCAGAUAGUACAAAAAUGGGAACAAAGAAAUCUUGGCUUCCAAAACAAAGAAUUGACGAGCUGUAUUACUUGAUUUCACGAAGGUCAAGAGAUGGUUGUGGGAGAAAGAGGCUGAACAGGCUAGACCACGGCUGAGUACAUUCAUAGCACACUGAACAACUCGAGAAUGACUAUGCCAAAUAUGAGCGGACCAGCAGAACAAAUGUCGCUAGCUGAUCAUCCAGUUAAGGGCUUUUAUUUGAUGGUAGUUGGGGUUCCGCAAGUAUGUUGGAAAAAACUAUGUAAGCACAAAAUGGAAGCAAGAACUAAUCACAUUUCUGAGUUUCUCAGGAGGAUUCAGACUAAUGAUAGUACUUCACCUUCCCCUACUUAUUUAGCUCAGCAUCCAUUGUUUGAUCAGGCAUGCAUAUCCUCUGAUGUUUAUAAGCUGUUGUAUAGAAUCUUGCGGUACCUGUAAGCUAGAUUGUUGGGAAGAAAUAUGUAAGACUCUGUCCUGCUUCAUUGUCAGGGGAACUCUGCCCACUUUCUGAAUGAAUGCUAUGCAAUUCUAACCAGGAGAAAAAGAUGGGCAAAACUCUUGAGAAGAUAUAUGUUCCAGAGGAGCAAGUCUUGAAGAAUAUUAAAGAUGAGGAAUUUUUCAAAUUUUUUUGCUUGACAUUAUUAUAAUAAUUGACCAGAGCAAGUCUUGAAGAACAUUGAAGACUUUAUUGCGCGGCCCAGCAUAUCUCUCACAGUGCUCACACAUGCAUAUCAGCGUAUUGCUUAUUAGCACGCAGAUUAGUCGGUCCACAUGGUCCAGGUUCUGCAGGUGAUACCUAAGGUUGGCAUGCAUGUGAAUUCAGAAAAGAAAUGGAAGUUGUUACAGUUAGUCAGUACACGACUGUCUUGAUUUAAGAAAUAUGGGGAAUUAUACAUUGCCAGUCUUAGGAUUUUUCUUUGUUUUGCUUUGUGGUGGGAAUGAAGUUCAUGCCUCCCAUCAGUAUCUUCAGCCUGAAGCUACAAGAGAGGCAAUACAGCCGAGCAGAACAUCUUACCACUUUCAAGCUCCCAAGAACUGGUUGAAUGAUCCUAAUGGUCCAAUGUAUUACAAAGGAAUUUACCAUUUGUUCUACCAGCACAACCCUUAUGGUGCUGUGUUUGGUAAAACUAUUGUAUGGGGACAUGCUAUUUCAUAUGAUCUAAUCAAUUGGGUUCAUCUAAACAAUGCCCUUUAUCCGACCAAUGCUUUUGACGCCAAGAGUUGCUGGUCUGGCUCGGUUACAAUUCUUCCUGGACAAAAGCCUGUGAUUCUUUACACUGGGCUUGAUAUUAAGAAUCAGCAGGUUCAAAAUAUGGCAAUGCCAAAAAAUCUAUCUGACCCUUUUCUUAGAGAAUGGAAAAAGUAUUCUCAUAACCCUAUAAUGAUGCGGCCUGAUGGUGUCAAUAAAGAUGAUUUUAGAGACCCUACUACCGCUUGGCAAGGCGAAGAUGGAAAAUGGAGGGUACUUGUCGGUAGCUUGAAGAGUGACCGUGGAUUGGCCGUUUUAUACAGGAGUAAUGACUUUAAGAAGUGGAAUAUGUAUGAUCAUCCCCUUUAUUCAGAAGCAAACACUGGUAUAUGGGAGUGUCCAGAUUUCUAUCCUAUAUCUACUAAUAGCAGAGAAGGGGUUGAGACUUCUAGUAGAAGUCCUCAGUACAAGUAUGUAUUGAAAGCCAGUAUAAAGUUUCGCGACUACUAUACACUUGGCACUUAUAUGCCUGACGUUGAGAAGUUUACUCCUGAGACAGGAUUUAGGAACCUUAGAUUAGACUUAAGAUAUGAUUAUGGCAAGUUUUAUGCAUCAAAAACUUUUUUUGAUAGUGCAAAACAUAGGAGAAUCUUAUGGGGCUGGAUAAAUGAGUCUGAUAGUUCUGCAGAUGAUGUCAAGAAAGGAUGGUCUGGAAUUCAGUCGAUUCCCCGUGCUAUCUACCUUUCAAAAAAUGGAAGGCAGCUAAUUCAGUGGCCAGUAGAAGAAAUUGAAAGACUGCGCAGAAAGCAUGUCGGUUUUAAAGACAAGAAACUUGAAGGAAGUUCAUUAGUUGAAAUUCCAGGCAUAACAGCUUCACAAGCUGAUGUAGAGAUCUCUUUCAAACUACCAAACCUGAAAGAUGCUGAACUGAUGGACACACACUCAGUUGAUCCCCAGCUACUGUGUAGCAAAAAAAGCGCUGCAGUCAGCAGCAAAGUCGGGCCUUUUGGUUUAUUGAUAUUCGCUACAAAAGACUUAACAGAACAUACUGCAGUUUUCUUUAGAAUAUUCAGAGACCGUAACAGAUAUGUUGUGCUCAUGUGUAGUGAUCAGAGCAGGUCUUCUCUGAGGAAAGGAGUUGAUAAAACUACAUAUGGAGCUUUUGUUGACAAAGAUCCGCGACAUGAAGCAAUUUCACUGAGAAGCUUGAUUGAUCACUCGGUUAUAGAGAGUUUUGGAGGAGACGGAAGAGUUUGCAUUACAAGUAGAGUUUAUCCAACACUUGCUAUUGAUGGAGAAGCUCAUGUGUAUGCAUUCAACAAUGGAAGCCUUGAUGUCGUUGUUUCGAGCUUGAAUGCAUAUAGCAUGAACAAGGCCUCAUUUGUAAGCAACAUUGGAUCUUAAGUUUAGUAUCGCAGAGCAAGAACAGCAGAUAAUUGUCUUAAACUUAAUCGUAUCAUUCUGUACCAAAUAAAUUUUCAGUUGAAAUAUAGCAUAAGUUCCUAA